AUGUCCCUGCUGCUGCUGCCUCAAGAUGCCACCCAUUCCACCGCAGAGAUACCGGGUUCUGCGCUUUGUGUUCAGCGCUCAAGUCAGGAUGUGUGGCGGAUGGGCUCCUUCUACAGGCGGGAUACUAGCGCCCCCAUGCUGCUUGGAAAGGCUCGGUAUCUGUGCUUGUUUCUCAUCCUAUGCUUUCACCUGGCAUUGGGUGGUGUUCCUGGCCCAUGCCGGCACUCGGUAACACAAGAGCACCUUCGGAGCCUCAAUCGCCUGAUUGACAAUCAGUUGGACCGCGGGUGUUUUAUAAUAUACCCUUUCACCGAACAUAUGAAUUUGAGUCAAAUCUGUUAUAUCAAAGCAGCACUCCCUCAUGUACUUGAGCUUCUGAGAACACAUUUCCGCUACAUUGGGAAUUCAGACAACAGAAGAUAUGUCAACACCCUGGAAAAAGCCAUCUACCAUCUUUACUCCCAAGGAUGUGUAUCAGAAAUAAAUGAAGAGAUUGAGGACAGGCCAUCCAGGUUGAUAAGGAUGACAAAAAGCUCUCCUAAGGAGGCACUGAAAAAAGCUCGACAUGUGAUCCAGACAUAUAUGAGCCUGAUGACAGUCAGCACUCGCCCUGUGGACUGGAAUUGUCAAGCAGAAUAUUCUGCUGCCGAAGAUAAUUUAACUCCAGCACCAGUUGCUGUUACCAGUAGCACAGGCGAGCCGGAUGGAGGCCACACGGAGUGCUCAUCUUGUGCGUUACCAGGCGCUGCCCUGCCUCGGCAGCCGAGAAGAAAAGCAGAUGAGUCUGGCUUCACCCGCUACUAGGGAACAUGAGCUGGGUUUCGACCGUCGUGAGACAGACUCUCCGGUGUGGAGUUAAGCUCUGACAACAGUUUCCAAUAACCAGAUAGAGGAACUGUGAUCUACAACUUUCCCAAAGACUGAGCGUCACAGCGUUGCCUGACCCUGAUGAGAAUGCCUUAUGUGUUAUUGUUGUGUUCCAUGUUAGAAAAAAGCCAUACAUGCAUGUAUAGAUGUACAUAAACACAGACAAAUUGCUUUGCCACCCAGGCGGGGGGUAUCUCCUUCAAGCUGGGGUAUUCUACCAGAGGCCCGGGAGCUUGAGGGUUCUGCGUAGGAUCUUAGCUGGUCCCAGUAUUGCGCUCUUCUGGACAGAGAUGUCAGAUGUUGUUCCUGGUAUCUGUCGGAGCCAUCCACCCAGCUUGGUUACCGCCCCCAGCCCUUGCUAUUUCUUGAGGUUUUCACGCUCCUUUUCCUCGGUCAUGCCAGUCUGGAUCUGGAAGUCCUACAGGAUCUUGGCCCGGUUGUUGUCAACCACCUUCAGUGUACGCACUCAACAAAAGUAGAAACGCAACACCUUUGUUUUUGCUCCCUUAUUUCAUGAGCUGAACUCAAACAUGUAAAACUUUUUUCCAAGCACAAAACAACCUCUCUCUUUCAAAUAUUGUUCAGAAAUGUGUGUUAGCACUUCUCUGUUACUGAGAUAAUCCAGCCACCUCACAGGUGUGGCAGAUGAAGAUGCCGAUUAGACAGCUUGAUGAUUGCACAGGUGUACCUCAGGCCGAUGAAGCGCUCGCCAAGAUGGAUUUAGAAACAUUCAUCAACGAUAUUUGAAAGACAAAGGCCAUUUUGUGUACAUAAAACACUUUUCAGUUCAGCUUAUGAAAGAUGGCAGCAAAAACGUAAGCGUUGCCUUGAGAUUUUGCUUGAGUUUACGGUCGUCCCUCGCUACAUCGUGGCCGUUACAAAAGUAAAUAUGCAUCUUUAAGCAAAUUGUACCUAUUGUUCGCCUAAAUGAAGCAUUGUCAAAAAUAAAAAUAACUAAGUGAACUAAAAUGCAAAUAAAAGUCAGGAGAAGCAGCUGCGAGUGUAGUAUUGCGAGUGUAGUAUUCUACAUUGGCCACUAGGGGUCGGUGUUCAGUGAGAUAAGGGCCAGACGCGAUUGCUCGAAAAUGUUUAAAUGAUCUCACAACAGGAACAAUAAUAACACAAUAAUCAUGACAACAACACAGGCUACUGUUGGGGCUAUAACCAACGACAAGCUAAAACUCAACUCUGAACCUCAGACGUCACUUCCUGUUCCUCUACACAUCUGUCCGCCUGCCACUGAGGUACACAUUUUCUGUGACACACACGAUCGGUAGUGUUAUUUACGUCUUAAAUGGCUUAUUUACUCUUAUUGUGUCUACUAUAUUGGGUAAUACGAGUGCAAAGCAAUUUAAAGCUGCCAUUCGAUCGAGAAGCUAUUCAACAACAGGUUGGACAAAUUUAUCAAGAAUAAAUUACUCGCGGACAGCCAAUACGGAUACAGAGCUAACAUUUCAACCUCCAUGGCGCUGAUUGAAAUUACCGAGGAAAUUACCAACACUAUAGACCAAAGAAAGUGCGCAGCUGCAGUAUUUAUGGAUCUGACAAAAGCUUUUGAUACAAUUAAUCACGCCAUCCUAAUGACAAAAUUAGAAAGGCACGGAAUCAGGGUUAGUUUUGAAUUGGGUCAAAAGCUACCUAGCAAACAGGAAGCACAUUUGCAAGUGUAUAGCUUACAUGUGGGAGCACCCCAGGGGUCAAUGCUGGGACCAAAACUGUUCAACUUAUAUUUGAAUGACAUCUGUAAAGUGACAAAAGACGUAAAGCUAGUAUUAUUUGCAGAUGAUACUACUGCCUUUUGUUCUGGAGAAAGCACACAAGAGUUAAUACUAAAAAAGUAAAAAAAAUGGUUUGGUAAAAAUAGACUGUCCUUGAGCCUCAGUAAAACUAAAAUAAUGCUAUUUGGUGAUAGCAGAAAAGAUACACACGUGCAAAUACAAAUUGAGGGUGUGGACAUUGAAAGAUGAACAAAAAUACAUUUUGAUCGAUCAUAAUAGAUGAAAAAAUGAGCUGGAAAUCUCGCAUUAAAAAUAUACUGUA